AUGCGCGACAUUGGCGAAUCCCGUCGCAAACGCCCUCGUCUACAUGCUGUAACCUUCGCAUGGCAACAAUUAGAUGACUGGCAGUCUCCACCUACCAAAUCCUUGGAUUGUAACCCUUUGCCAGUGCAGUUGGAUUCCAGGUCGCUCCAACUCAUUCAUUUUAUGCAGGCAGAGGUUGACUAUAAUUAUCGACCAUUUCGAGCGGUUUGGUUCUCCAUGGCACUGCAUGAUCACAGUGCCUUUAAGCUGUGCAUGGCCAAUGCAGCCAUGUUCCUGGAUGAAGCCACACAUCCAGAGACCUUUCGGUAUGAGACCAGCGGGGAGGCUCUAAUGUAUUAUGGCCAGUGUGUGAACCAGAUCACCCAUAGACUAGGGGACUCCACCGACUGCAUCAGUGAGGGGGUCCUAACCACAAUCCUCGGAUUGAUUUGUCAUGAUUUAUACGUGGGAACCUGGGAUCGCUGGGCGUAUCACAUUCGUGGUUUAAAGCAAGUAUUGCUGCUUCGUGGUGGCCUGAAUGGCCUGAGCGACAAUCUUCGUUUGUUCGCCUUGUGGUUUGAUGUCUUGGGAUCAGCCAUUCACGACAUGCGGCCGCAACUAUCCGAAUACCCUACGGAUGAAAACACUCAGCCACCACAAACAGGCCCAGGGUGCGCGGCUCUACGCAUAUUGAGAAGACUCACCCGGUCACAAUAUCCUUCGGAGAUGCUUGUAAUGGCUCUAAAUCGAGUUUUGACCGUAUCUGAUUUCGUAAACGCUCGCUAUACCCAAACCGGGUUCUGGAAAGAGGAGAAUGACCUCAGCCCUCUCGAAAUGCUUGCGCCAGCAAUACAUAUCUUACUAUCUAUGCCACGUCCUCAGAAUUCAAACCUGAGUCCCUUUGAAAAUGUCCACGAAAUGACACGACUUGCUCUUUUAAUCCUCAUAGCGGAGUUGAAACGAGCUUAUGGCUUACCUGCAAAUGAAAUCCAGCUGUUGCGGACGAAGUGCGCCGACUUGCUUAGAAAUACGAACAUUGAUGACGAUUUAUCCCUGUUUCCAAGCCUUUGGUUAUGGAUUCUUGUGACUGUUGCGCUGCAUCAACCGCUAGGGCCAGAACGAGGAUUGUGUUUAACGUACAUCGCCCAGCAGAUGCCUACGUUAAAUAUACCUGAUGGGCAGUCGGCCAUCAAAAUGGCCCGUGAUAUUGUCUGGAUAGAAGUUCUUGCUCGACCAGAUACUGUGCAAUCUUUAAUAUCGGAAAUCGACAUUGCUCGCUCAGCGUAA